GUCUGGAAACGAUACUAUUCUUCCUUUAGAAUUAAUAGAUAAAUGUAUUGGCCAUAAAAUUUGGAUUUUAUUGAAAAAUAAUAAAGAAGUAGUAGGAACAUUAAGAGGAUUUGACGAUUUUUUCAAUAUGGUUUUAGAUGAAGCAAAAGAAUAUUAAUUUUAAAAUGGAAUUAAAAAUCAAACUAAUAUAGAUUCUAUAUUAUUAAAUGGAGCUCACAUAACUCUAAUUGUACCAGGUGGAGAACCUAUAUGAAUAUAUUUUAUGUUAUUUACUCUUUUUAAUAUAUAAAUAAUUAUUUUUAUAUAUUUCUUAAUAAAAUAUAUGUUUUUAUUCAAAUCAAUAAUUUUUUUUUUUAUAUA